ACCACUGUAUAAGUGGAACUUUAAAUAUGACCAGUGGAUUUUGGUUUUCAUUAGUAGGUUUAAUUCUGCUAUGCUUGCGAAUAGAGGUGAAUGGAAACGGCUUGGAAUCUUUAGGAAAGGAGUUUAAGAUAAAGUUUUAUGAUGCAGACGGUAAUUUCACUGACACUGGGUUUGUGGGAUAUUCAGACAACAAUUCACAUAGAAGCAGAAGAGCAAGUCUACGACCUGGAAAGGCAACUUCGACUGAUAGCUGCGAUCAUGUGCGAGGAGUUCCAAGUGAAUUGAGAAGCUCGUCCGUUAUGAAGCCGCAUGGAAUAGCCAUAUUUUACCAAAAAUAUACAGAAGCAUAUGGCAUACCAAUUUUAUCAUCCUGGAAUGUAAAUGAUGAUGCCUUGAAGAGAGCAUGUUAUAUAACACGGUUUCUUUUUGCUGAUAAUUACGCUGUGCGGAACUCCUUUUACCAGAGAUCUGGACGUUCAGCUGUAAUAGGAGUACAUGAAGGUACAACCAGUAUACCAGAACACAGUCACAUGGAUCCCUCUUUCUGGGAUAAAAGAGCACGCGGACUUGGGGCUACUGAUUCUGCACCAGUUUCUACAGGUGGUGAAGAAAAUUUGUUGUGUAUGAAAAAUGAUCGUUAUCAUAGUGAAGAUAUAUAUUUACACGAAUUUUCUCAUGGAGUGGCAAAUCUUGGUGCUAGAUAUGGUAUAAGUGGUUGGUUUAAAAGAUUAGAAAGUCAGUAUAAUAGAGCAAAGCAACAGGGUCUUUGGGCGAAUACAUAUUCUAUGAGUAGUAGUGCUGAAUAUUUCGCUGAAGGUGUGCAAAGCUACUUCAAUGUAAAUGGCUACAGUGCAACACCAAAUGGAAUUCAUGGUCCAAUAAGCACAAAAGAAAAGCUAAGCACAUAUGAUCCCGCUCUAUAUCAGCUGAUUGAAGAAGUCUGGCCCUGUCAUAAUACUUACCUCAAAAGAUGUGUUGUUAGCAGAGCACAAGAACAACAGCAGAAUAUACGUACAAACUGUGACGGUUCCAAUGGCGGUGGCGACGGGGGAGGAAGUUGUAAAGACAUUCAUCCAAACUGUCAUAGUUGGGCAACUACUGGAGAAUGUUCAAGGAACCCAGCAUAUAUGCUUGUAAACUGCAAACACAGUUGUAAUACAUGCAGCGGACAAGGUGGCACUUCAUGUACAGACAGCGGUCAGUUUUGUCAUGAUUGGGCUGGAAGGGGAGAAUGUUAUAGGAACCCAGGUUAUAUGAAUGUAUCUUGCAAAAAGAGCUGCAACCGUUGUUAGGUGCAAUAUAAUAAAUUACAAAUUUAUAGCAUAGUAACACUACGUUGAUUUUUUCUAAGUUAACUAAGUUAUUUAGAUUCCAGCCGGACGCAUCGUCUUGAGCAUAUAUAUUGAGAAUGUUUGUAUCAAGAAACUGGUUUGUCAUAACAGUAUGAUUUUAAUGUUCUCAAAUGCAUUUAGCUGACCUGAUAUUUGGUCGACAAUGAUUAUAAUAAAGGUUGUAAUAUUUUGAAAA